AUGCCAUCACCUGAUCGCCCAGCCACCGACUUAGAAAACACCAAUUUACAACGAAAAAAACAAUAUGACCACGGUAAUUUAGCAACAAUUAUCGCGAACAAUGAGCCAUUACUGAGAGCAGAAAAAAAUAUUUAUGAUCGGAUUAUGCUGACUGUUGCUGCUGAACAAGGCGGCUUUUUUUUCUUGGACGCACCAGGUGGAACCGACGGACUCAAUUCUUUUUGGCACCGCGCUGGCAGUCUGCCGUAUCAUAGGCGCCAAGGUUUCCACGGCUGUAGCCACGGCCAUAGUAGCGCUAUCCCAGCAUGGAGAAGAAGAAUUGAGGAACGUAUCGCAAAGGCUAGAGCUCUUAUCGGCAGACUGAUAUGCUUCAGAUCAGGCAACAACAGGCCAAGAAUUGUGCGCACCGUCAGGAUGGCGUUUGCUGGGACAAAUGUCAGUUUGUCCCAGCCGGAUAUAACGCAAAAACUGACGGAGCGCAUAGAUGAUCUGAAGCAGAGAAUCGCUGCUUGGGGAAAGCGGAUUCGGCGAUAUACCGAGAGGUCGACACGGUUCAACCAGAAUCGUCUCUUCCAGAGUGAUCAGAAAAGGCUCUAUGAAUCAUUGGAGCGACCAAUGGUAAGUGGAACGGGUCCAGCACCGAAUCAGUCCGACACUGUAGCAUUCUGGCGCGGCCUGUGGUCUGAGCCCGUAAACCACAACGAGGGCCCUUGGACGGAAGUUGUGGCGAGUCAGUGUGCGGGUAUUACGCCCAUGGACCCCGUCAUCAUAACGCCGGAUGACGUAGCUGAGGCGGUCCGUAGGGCCCCGAACUGGAAAAGUCCGGGGUUUGACGGGCUGCAUCACUACUGGCUGAAGGGGUUCAUGGGGUGUCACUCUGUGCUCGCCCGACAGUUUCAAGAGGCUCUCAACCAGAAGUCGCUCCCAAGCCUCUUCACUACUGGGAUCACUCAUUUGGUUCCUAAAGACCAGGGCCCUUGCAACUCUAAAUUAAGAUUAUUAAUCUUCAUGGCAAUAUUAGCCAAAAAAGCCGUCAAUGCCAAAGAUUCAUCGUUGAGAAGUUGA